CACUGUGAUUUCUCAACAACACGAAAACGUUAGAGCCACUCUGCUUCUAUCGCCUCAGAAAGGGAACUACAGCAGUGCUCUUCAUACAACUGCUGGGAAUUAUGCUUGGUUUCCUGGGCAGAGGGACGCUCAAAUCACCAACGAAACAUGGAUAUUACAUAUUUAAUGCUUGCGAUUUAGGUCAGUAGACGAUUUACCACAAUUUUCCUGCUCGACUCCGUUUAUCGCGUCGUCGGUAUGGAGAAGAUGCUCUGCAGUCCGCAUCCUGGGACAAAUAAAACGAACUCUGCUUCACUGCCGUCGGACAAGGGGAAUUCGGCGAGAAAGACCGGACGAGCUGGUUCUCAUAGCCCCGGCUCGGCUUCACUUGGGAGCGGGGCCGGUGGAGGAGUGAGUCGGGGAGGUUUAUUGGGAAACAGUAUGAAUUUUCAGCAAGCGUGUAAGCGUCAGUUAGAAGGAGUGUUGAGCAAAUACACAAACUUAAUUCAAGGAUGGCAGAACAGGUACUUUGUGCUGGAUCCAGAGCUGGGACAGCUGCGGUACUUUGUACAUGAACAGGGCAAGAGCCAGAAGCCCAGGGGCUCCCUGCCUCUGAUUGGUGCAUCGGUUGUCCAGAGUGAUGAGGCACCACACAUGUUUAUCGUCAACUCAUUCAAUGGCGAGCUUUACAAGCUCAGAGCAUCCAAUGCCAAAGAGCAGCGGUUCUGGAUGAACCAACUCCAAGCAUGUGCCAGACGCCACUCCGACAGCAGUGCCAAGGUGUGGAAGUUGAAGGGGUCAGAUGAGCACCUGAGUGUGGAGAGAACGACGGGAGGCAGCCAGGAGGGGCUGGGCUCGUCAUCUUCCGGUCGGUCCCGUAGUGUCUCCCUCCUGCCAGCCUCCUCCUCACCUGGUACUCAGAGGCACUUGGCGUGUCUGGGCACACCCAGCAACAUCGUGACUAUCACCCACCACAAGUCCCCAGCCGCUGCCCGACGGGCCAAAAACCAGUAUCCUGGCAGACUGCUGGAGGUCAAAGAGGUGAUGAGCCAAGCAGAGUGUCAACAGAAGAACCUGGUCCAGUCCAUCGAGUCCCUCCCCACGCGAGGACCCCUUUCCUGCCUGGACCAGGACCUCCUGCUCCUCAAAGCCACGUCAGCUGCCACCAUGAGCUGCCUGGGAGAAUGCCUGAACAUCCUGCAACAGACCCAGACCCACAGCCAGCCCCAGGCCUCACAGCCCAACCACACCUGCGGUCCCCCCUCUGAUGGUGUUCCUGUGUGGACUGUACCAAAUUCGCCCUCGGGGGAGCAACUGAAGAACGGUGGCCCGACCCCUCUACGCUCUGCAGAGCCCUCCCCAGCCCUCAGGAAAAAAAGCCCCCAUGGUGCUGAGCAGCACCCAGCAGGGUUGGAGGCCAUCAGCCCCAGUGAAGAGGUGACUGACAUGGAGGACAAUGAGGAAGAGGACCUGGGAGUGCUGGACGACCAGCGGAGCAUCAUCCUGCACCUCCUCUCCCAGCUCAAACUGGGCAUGGACCUCACCCGGGUGGUGCUGCCCACGUUCAUCCUGGAGAAGCGCUCCUUGCUGGAGAUGUAUGCUAAUUUCAUGGCCCACCCGGACAUGUUCCUGUCCAUCACGGCUGGUGCCACGGCGGAGGACCGCAUCGUAUGCUUCGUCGAGUACUACCUUACCGCCUUCCACGAGGGCCGCAAAGGAGCUGUGGCCAAGAAGCCCUAUAACCCGGCACUGGGCGAGACGUUCCACUGUUCCUGGGAGGUGCCUCGGGACAGAGUGAGGCCCCUCAGGUCUCAGGGCCCCAGGGAACCAGCCUCCAGGGGCCCCAACAACACCCAACAGCAGGACGGUCCGUCGGGGACCGACUGUUACCGCGUUCGCUUCAUGGCCGAGCAGGUGUCCCACCACCCACCUGUCUCAGGGUUCUACUGCGAGUGCCCAGAGAGGAGGAUGUGUGUCAAUGCCCACGUGUGGACGAGAAGCAAGUUCAUGGGCAUGUCCAUUGGUGUGUCCAUGAUAGGGGAAGGGACCUUAUGCCUCCUGGAGCAUGACGAGGAGUAUGUGUUCACGCUGCCCUGUGCCUACGCCCGCUCCAUCCUCACUGUGCCAUGGGUGGAGCUGGGUGGCAAAGUCACCAUCAGCUGUGCCAAGAGUGGCUACUCAGCCACCGUCACAUUCCACACCAAGCCUUUCUAUGGAGGGAAGGUACACAGGGUGACCGCAGAGGUCAAACACAACCCCACCAACACCAUUGUGUGCAAGGCCCAGGGGGAGUGGAACGGAACCCUGGAGUUCACCUAUAGCAGCGGGGAGACCAAAGUGAUUGACACAGCCAAACUGCCAAUCAUCAAGAAGAAGCUCCGGCCUGUAGAGAAGCAGGGACGGAACGAGUCCAGGCGGUUAUGGCAGCAUGUCACCAAGUCACUGAAGGAGGGGAACAUUGACGAGGCCACGGAACAAAAGCGGCGUCUGGAGGAGCGCCAGAGAGGGGAGGAGAGGCAGAGAGCUGCAGUCAACUCGCCCUGGACACCCAAAUAUUUCAGUAAAAAGGGAGAAGAUUGGAUCUACCACAAUCCUCUGUGGAAAUCUCACUGACACAAGAACCAGACUGCUCUAAUGAACACUGAGAGCCUCUAUCCCCCUAAACGAGGGGCCAGGCCAGGAUAAGGAUGGAACUGCCACUCGCUCUCCAUUGGGACCAGAGAUACUGACUCUUAAUGACAUGGACAAAGGUCCCACUCAUGGGAAUCAAGUGGUUUCCACUUGAACUACGAGGGUGGGAGACACCGAUGUAGCUUUUUAUAGUAUUCGAGUUAGAGAAUUUCAAUUUCUUACUUUGCCAGGGCCUUUUGCAAAUGCACGGUAUGACAUGAUCCUUUUCGGUUUCAAACGCCUUUGUCACACAGAAUCAGAAUGGUAGGAGGAAGAUGGCAAAUAUGCUUGGAGGUAUGUUUUUGUUACAUUAGUUCCCAACAAAUGCUGUUGACAUCGGAGCAGUCUCAUUACUUUCAGUUGCUAUUCUGACCAUUCCUGAAAUGACUCUUUGCCUCUGUUCUUCCAUGCAAUACAUAUUUCCCAUCACCCUUUUACUUUACAGUCAACACUCCAUUGGAUCCCAUCUUCGCGAGAGGUGUUUCCUCCUUCCAGGGACCUUAGGUUGGCAUUGAUCUAACAUAAUUAAGCUGGAGCUGUACCCAGCUCACGACUCAUCCAUAUUAGACGCAGAGGCAUUAGCAUGAGGUACAGGGGAAGUCACAACCCCAUUCUCACAGAGGGGCACCGUCUCGCCACAUGUCAUUCAAGAUAUGAGGUACUGUGGUGGUAGUAAAGAGGAUGUUUUGGGUUAUACAUAGCCAUUAUAUAUUUACAUUUUCUCAAAUACUACAUCGGAUUGCCUUUAUUUAGCCAAACAUCUAAUGGAAAUCAUUUUCGUUUACGCCACCUUUUUGUUCUUAGAAAAGUGAUCAAUGCAAUAUUCUCUGGUUAAGUAAUUUCAACCAUCCAUGAUUAGACUGAGUGGCUUGCUGCAUUACCUAUACUAACGGCAGGAUCAUCUUGCAGUGAAGAAAAUUAGCUGUCACAAAGAUGUCCAGUUUCUUGCAGCACUCGUGUGUUCUUGACAUCUGGCAAUAUGCAGAUGCAUGAAUUUGAUUACCAAGUCUCCAGCACUCAGUAAUCAAGACAAGUGCAGAUACACAUUGUGGAAAGAUCUGUCCAAAGAUAUUCUGAACGUAUGUGCAUUCAUUUGGGUUUUGUAGAGCACUGUGAUGUACCCAAGAGCUUGAACCAAACUCCUCAUUCACUUGGAUAAAAAGAAAACCUAUGCAACACACCAUUUGUUAUAAUAUAGGUUGAAGGUAGGGAUGGGGGCAUAAUCGUUUUGUUCUAAUAAAUGUGCCCUGGCAAUCA